AUGAAAACUACAGAUGUCUUCGGACCCCUCAGCGUCUUAAAUGUACUGUCUCGCGACCACCAAAUGGAACUCGCUAUUUUAGCCGAGUCAUUAACACCAGUAUCAACCAACCCCGAACCAAACACCUUUGUGUCGUCAUCGUUCGGACAAGAGAUUUUGCCAACCCAUACGUUCGCGAAUGCACCUGACGUAGAGGUGCUGAUCAUCCCCGGAGGCUUCGGGACCCGUAAUGAAGUGAAAAGAGCGCCUGUUGAAUGUUACAUUCAAAACGUAUUCUCUAAACUAAAAUACGUGAUAACUAUUUGCACCGGUUCUGCGAUCCUCGCAGGUAUUGGCCUGCUCGAUAAUCGGCGAGCGACAACAAACAAAAGUACUUGGAACACUGUAGUUUUCCUUGGGGAAAAGGUCAAAUGGGUAAGAAAAGCUCGAUGGGUUAUUGAUGAUACCCCGGGAGUCACACCAGUGUGGAGUUCUUCGGGUGUUUCAGCGGGCAUUGAUGUCACUUUUGCGUUUAUCAAGAUGUUGUAUGGCCCUGAGAGAGCAGAGUCAGUCGCGAAUAUAAUGGAGUAUGAUAGACAUUUGGAUCACGAGUGGGACCCAUUCGCAAAUAUUUGGUCGGUUAAAGUUGAUUCAGCUUAG